AUGCAGGAGGCAAGUCAUCGACUUGGCUUUUGGGCUUUGGAAGAGGCCUGUUCGGGAAGCUCCAGCGGCGUCCGGAACCGCAUAAUCAAGCUCGUGAAAUUGCAGUGGAGGGGCCAGUCGCCUUUCUCCUACGCGUGUGCCCUUGCGAGUCCUGCAAUUACUGUGGCAUGCCGGGAGCCUCUCGCCGUCGAUGCUGCGGCGGCCAAUGAGGAGAGGGCCUCGCAUGCGGCAUGGCCGUGCACGCUCUGCGCACGCUGUACCUGGCACGAGUACCGGUACUUGAUAAAGGAGCUCAAACAGGAGUACAUGCUAGCGGCCGUGGUCGUCGAUGCGUCUUGUUGCUGGCAUCCCACGCUGGGAGGAUGGAUGAGGAUGAAGGAACGCCAUGGCUGCAGCACCUGCAGCACUAGCAUGGCGAUUCAAACGCCACAGGGCGCUACUCGACGGAAAAUCUCAUCUGGCGUGCGCAGCAUCGUGAGGGACUGGAUUGGAUUGGCUGCCAACACCCAUUUUGGUGGCUUGCAAAUACAGGUGCACAGUAUUGUACUGUACUGCAAUACGCGACAUCUGGCUUCCCGACUUUUGUUGCCAGGAAAAGGAACCUCAACUGCUAGAUAG